UUUGAAUGCAUCAUUUCCUUCCUGGAAGCCAGCCAUGGUCUUUGUGGCAUCCUCCUGCUCCUUGCCUUUUGGCCCCGCAGUUCUCUGUUUAUCAGCCAGCAAGCAUCCUCUGUUGGGGUUUCUGCUGUGAUGGCAUCGUGGAAGGGACUCUACAGAAAUGUUGACCUUGAGCUAGAAGACCCAAAGGCCCCUGAGCAGAGGAGUCAAUCAGGCACCAAGGAGUACCCUGAGGAAGAGAGUGUCUAUGAGCCCUUUGAUGCUGUGGCCAGUUUGGAGGGCAAGCAAGCAGGACAGGUGGCUGCACCAUGGAGCCCAGCCGGGAAGCCAUCUUGGACACGCAAAGUGGUUUUAGUAGCUGUUGCUGCUCUGCUGGCUACCUCGGUGUUCCUGAACGUGCUGCUGCUUGCGGUGGGAAUUAUGCGCUGUAAGUGGUCUGCUGGGUCUCUAAAGGCUGCUGGGGUGCCAGAUUCUAAGAUGUCUGCUGCUUUGGAGCAAGUGCGUGCCGAGAACAGGAAGCUCCAAGAGGCAGUCGCCAGCUCCUUCUUGCUGUACAAUGAGAACCGCAGUCACUGUGUGACGAGGAAGGAGCCCAGCUCUCUCACACAAGCGCCCUGUGACCCUAGGAAUUGGCUGCAGCAUUUUCAGUGGUUCUCCAGAGGCCUCCUCCUUCACGUGGAUUCACUGCUCUGCGUGGCAGCACCCAAGGCCAAAAGAAAGGAGACCGUCCGUCUGGAACCCUGCAAUGGGACAAACCCACUCCUGCGGUGGGAAUGCCGCGAUCACGAUCUGCUGGCCCUGGAGGGCAAGGAUCUAUAUUUCAACUACGGCAACAAUCUUGACCGGGUGGUGAUGCUGUUUGACGGCAACGGGCCCUGGAGUCGCUGGGUCACCUAUGGCACCCGCCAAAACAUCUGCAGCAAUCCACCCUUGGUUUCCCUGCCUUCUGCCCCACCAGUCCAAAGGGCCCUAAGCAGCACAGGGCAUGAAGGGCACCCUGUAGCGUGAGAGGAAAGAAAGCUCUUGGCAACAAAACGAGUCCAGUCGUGGAGAUAUGAAGAAUUGUGGCCUGAUGGGAAACAUCUGGAUCUGUGAGGGACGGCUUCUGUUCAGUGAGGUGCAGUCGCCAACUUUGCCAAUCUGCCCCCAGCUUUUUCGGCACCAGCAAAAUCACUUCCCGGCUCACUUCCAUCUCCUGAAUGAGGGGUGCUAAAAAGUUGUAACAUGACUUGGGCAUUCAAAAUAUAUUUGGGUAAAAUUAGUAUCUUUUAUUGUGCGUAAAAUUGCAUGGAAAUCUUUAAAAACGAUUGCCCAGUACUUGCAAUUAAAUUAAUAUCAUUUCUAUAUAUUAUAUAUUGUUUUUAUUGUUUCUUCUUAUUUAGCAUUACAGGACAUUUUCAGAAGGUAAAUUAUUUGGUUUUCCAAAACAGUUUAUGUGCUUCUUCGCCAGCUGUAGACUUUACCAAGCUAAAUGUUGUCCAGUCACAAAAAUAAGAUGAUUGGAAUUCCUCACACCCAAGAACAUAUUUUUAGGAUUCCUCAGUGAAGAAAUCUGCUAAAAUUAAAUCCCCCCCCCUAAAAUGACACACCCUAUUCUCUCAGUCAAAACGGAAUGCAAAGAAAACGAACGUUUUCAGCCAAAACAAGUUCUGAAGCAGUCUGGGAAAUGAAUGUGAACUUGCUUAUUUCACUGAAACAUGCUCAGUGUGCUGUUGUUGUCCUGUUUGUUCUUCUUCUAUAAUCUGCACAUAGUACAGCUUUAUUUUAUUGGUAUGAAGCUUCAGAAAUUUCUGAAUCUAGUGAUUUGUAAAAUGUUUCAUUUUGCUUAUUUGCACAUCACCAUCAUCUGUGGAAAUUGUGCUUUAGGACAGAUCCUGUCCCCCGACUCAGCUACACAGCUGCAAAUAAAUCGUUUUAAAUGUGCUGUAAAGUGCAAUAUACAAAUGUGACACUAGAUGGCGAUGGUGAGCUAUACCAAAUUCAAUGUAUUUUUCAAAAUGUUUUUUGUAAAAGCAUUUUCACAGCAUUUUUUAUAUGUGUGUAGAUUCCACUUGACAUCUAAUAUAAAGGAUCAAAGUCAUUAUUUUGUGAA